UUCAUAAAAGAUGUCAACAAUUGACCAUAUAACAAUUUUCAUUCCAUUCCCUUUUUCUAUACCAGCUUAUGGGAGAAUGAUUCAAUUGUCCAAACAUUGAUCUAUUGAUUUCACAUAUUUAGAGAUGAUUCCAGAACUUAGCCUUAAACUCAGUGUCACUCUACAAAUUGAAGCAGAAGGAAUUAUACCAUACAUGACUUUAAGGCAUGGAACCUUAAGUGGUAAUAGAUUAUAUUCUUUUCCUGAGGAAGUCACUUGACAAAGCAAAAAUGUAUCAUGUAUGCCUUCUAGAUCGUUUAAAAGUCUUAUUUAAGCAUUAUUGCUUUACAUUUGAGCAUAGAUAGUCUUUCCAACUGAGUACCAUCAAUACAUUUUAUUUGUUUGAGAAUUAAUUUUGUUUAUUAUUAGUGUUCAAUGUUCAGCAUCUCAUUCAUUAAGCCACAAGGUCUUUCGGAAGUAAAUUAAGGAGAAUAGCAAAUGCAAAGUAGCUUAUGGACUUCGAUGACGGUCUGUUAGUGUACAAGUAAUUCUCAAAUUAAAAUUCAUCUAAAAUGAAUUUGCUUUUGUUAUUUCCUCCACUUGUGACUUUUACAGUUUAUUAUAAAGUUCAUUGUUGUUUGCUUGUUAUCUUCUCCGCUGAUUAUUUGAUAUUAAUUUCUAUUUCUUCAGCUCCAGCUGCGGUUGUGCAGACUUCAGUUGUCGGUAGACAGUCCCUUACUUGAGUAUCACAGCCUCAUUUCCAAUUAGCGUAAACCACAUUCUUUCAGACAGAUAGUUAAGGAUGAGCAAUUUUGUGCUAGAGGUUCAAGAUUUUGUUGUAGGUGGCAGCAUCUUCAAUGGUAGGUAGGUGAAGUACUUAAAAUGAUAGCUUAGUUUACAAAUUAGUUUAUGUUAUCAGCUCAAUAGAAAAGUUCGAUCAUUUGAAUGCAGUUUUACCAUUGGUCAUGCAGGCAGGAGUAUCAACUUCUCUGAUACAUCAAGGAGCUGACUAGACUUUGCUUUGCUGCACUUUGAUUAUGCUAUAGAGAUUACAUGACGAUGGCUGCUACAUUUCAAUCAUCUGCCAUUGUGAUCCUGAUGGCAGUAGAAUUAUAUGGUUUAUGGGUUUUGAUAUAAGAUUUGGUGAACUUGGGGAGCUUCUAUAGAAAGAUACGGUAACAAAAAAUAAAAUAAAAUUCUAGAUGUUUGUACUUUGAUAUUCACAUAGUGAAGUAUUCUCCUAACUUUGUACACUAAAUCUGUUUGUUUGAACUUCUUUGAUUAUCUUUUUCUCGUAUCUAAUGGUCAUGUCCUACCCCAUGUCUAAAACAUUAUCUGUAAGGGUGCACCCUUUUGGGUGUUGAAGUUUAUAUAUCCAAUAGAAGAUGUUGCUUGCAAUGCUUUUUGAUGCAGGAAGGCUUCCAAGACUCAUAGUACUUCUUCCUGCCAGGAGAUUAAAAAAUGAAAAAAGACGAACUCAGAAAUGUGAUUAGGGAAGGUGUAUACUUCCUACGGGUUAUAUUUGUUGUACUCUAAAUUUUAUAUUGUUACAUCACCAUACAAAUUAAUUUACCAAAAAAUGACUGAUUGCCACAAUAUUAUAUAGUUUUUAUUAUAUAGUUUUUAUAUAGAAGGGGAAACAUCUAGGAAGAUCAGAAGUAAUUUAAUAAAAACCUAUUUGGUCU